GGAAUCUAAUCCGCCAUGGAUGAUGGAGGAGGGUUCAAAAAGGCAAGAAUGGAGCUUGAAGCACUCUACGAGGGGGUGCCAGAUGAGUCGGUGAAUCUCACCUUCCGACAUCUCACAGACGUCAAUGUUCAAUCCAGAGCCAACCCAUCAAUCCAAAUUCCAAUCCCUAGAGAUAAUCAAAGCACCCCAUUAACCAAACUCCCCAGCCUAGACUUCAACAGAGCCCUCCAAGCGGCCAACCAAUACUCCCGCCCUGACUCCAAAAUCAGCCUCCACCCGAGCGCGCAGGUCGGUGGGAGUAGUAGUGGGUCGCCGCUUGCCCCUGCCGGCCACAUUCAAAGCCGUCCAACUUCGGAGCAUGAGUACAUGCAUGCCCAUGUUGGUGGGUUGAGGCCGGCUUUGGAGUACAGUGCAGCCUACGAGGAGGCAAGUCGCAUCAGCGGCAUGGGUUCCAUGUAUCUUCAUCACAGAGCCACUCCGGGGAGACGCCGCCCGGGGAUUCCUCACUCCAAUAUCUGCACCAACUGCACCACCUACAUCUAUGUCUUCCGCCAUCGUUGCCUGGUCUGUGGGAGAGUUUACUGCCGGCAAUGUGUGAGAAUUGGGAUGGGGGAGAUGACGGAGGGAAGAAAGUGCAUAGAGUGUUUGGGAAGAAAAUUCAGUCACAGGUACAUAGGGGAGGCAGGAGAUGUGGGUUGCUUCGGUUGGAGGUACUCAACUGCAGUGAAGCACGCAGAGCUAAAGUGGGCGGAGAAAGGGCCUCGCCGGAGAGGAGAGAGAGAGAGAGAGAAAGGAAGUGAGAGAGAGAGAGUAUCGACAAUGGCUCUUCGAAUUCUAAGCAGGAAAAACCUAACGCCGACAAUUUCUGGAGCGAUAGGGUCUGGACAUUUUCGCGGCUUCCAGACCUUCUCCUUGCCCGACCUCCCUUACGACUAUGGCGCUCUUGAGCCCGUCAUCCAUGCUGAAAUCAUGCAGCUUCAUCAUCAGAAGCACCAUCAAGCCUACAUCACCAACUACAACAAGGCUCUUGAGCAGCUUCACGAGGCCAUCAACAAAGGCGACACUUCCACUGUUGUCAAGUUGCAAAGUGCCAUCAAAUUCAAUGGCGGAGGUCACGUCAAUCAUUCGAUUUUCUGGAAAAAUCUCGCUCCUAUUCAUGAAGGGGGUGGUGAGCCUCCAAAGGGAUCUCUAGGAUGGGCGAUCGACACUCAGUUCGGUUCUCUUGAAGCCUUGAUUCAGAGGGUCAACGCAGAAGGUGCUGCUUUACAGGGCUCUGGAUGGGUGUGGCUUGCUCUGGAUAAAGAACUGAAGAAGCUGUCGGUUGAAACCACGGCCAAUCAGGAUCCUCUUGUGACCAAAGGAUCUGCCUUCGUUCCUCUGCUUGGGAUCGAUGUUUGGGAGCAUGCGUAUUACUUGCAGUACAAAAAUGUCAGACCAGACUAUCUGAAGAACAUAUGGAAAGUCAUAAACUGGAAGUAUGCUGAUGAGAUUUUCGCCAAAGAAGCUCCCCUAGUUGAGAGUCGUUGAGAAAAAAGACCCUUGGGUCCGUUUGUUGAAUCUUCUUUUAGCUGUUUUCUGGUGAAAUAUUGAAUAAUGAACAUCCUUGUAUGCAUGGAUGUUCAAGCCUUGUAAUGAGAUGAAAUGUAUCUUUCUUUGGCCAUCUGGGUUCGGUUUUUCCCCAGUCAUAUGCCUUUUACAGCUCAUGUUCUUGUAAUAUCUAUGUUCAAAUCCUCUGUUAUUGUU